AACCCAUCAAAACCCACCCUCAAAACCCAUCACCGCGUCGCCUCUACCUCAUGCGCGACGGACGCCGGCCGCCUCACCCUCGCGAGUGCCGAUCGAAGAGCGCCGCGUCGCCUCUACCUCGUGCGUGGUGGCCGCCUCCACCUCCCAAGCGCGGGCCACCUCCCCCUCGCGAGUGCCUGUUGAAGAGCGCCGCGUCGCCUCCACCUCGUGCGUGGAGGCCGCCUCCACCUGACGAGCACCAGCCGCCUCCCCCUCGCGAGUGCCGGUUGAAGACACCACCUCGCAACUGCAAGCCGCCUCCAUCGUCACAGUUAAUCAGACUCUCGAGAAUGAAGUAGAGACAAUCAAGGAGCCUUCGAAUGAUCUUCAUAGGAUUGUGAUUUCACAAUCAAGUCGAG